GGAUAGGUGGCCACCCUCUAAUGUACACACGCCGAGUUGGACCACAUAAAAAAGAAAACAUCUUUUUUAGUUAAAUUACAAUUAAAUUCUUGAAUAGUCUAUUCUCCAUCUGCAUGAGCCAUGGAGACGCUCCUAGAGCAGCAGAGGCGUUACCACGAGGAACGCGAGCGUCUGGUAAAACUAAUGGUGGACGAACAUGCAACUAAGAAGCCGGGCGAGAAGGAGCGCAUUCACUCGGAGCACCGGCUUAAGUAUCUUAUGGAGUUGCACCACAACUCCACGUCGCAGCUGAGGGAUCUCUAUGAGGACAAGGACAACGAGCGCAAGGCUGAAAUCGCCGCCUUGUCGGGACCAAAUGAAUUUAACGAGUUCUAUGCACGCCUGAAGCAGAUCAAGCAGUUCUACAAGUCCCACCCUGCUGAGGUGAGUGUUCCCCUCUCAGUGGAGUUCGAUGAGAUGAUCCGAGUGUACAAUAACCCAGACGAUAUGAGCGCGCUGGUGGAGUUCACAGAUGAAGAAGGUGGCGGACGGUAUCUCGACCUUAACGAGUGCUACGAGCUAUACCUCAAUCUUCGCGCUGUAGAAAAGCUGGAUUACAUUACCUAUUUGAUGUCCUUCGAUCACGUAUUUGAUAUUCCACGCGAACGGAAAAAUCGCGAGUACCGCAAGUAUAUUGAAACAUUGAAUGACUACCUGCACCACUUUAUUCUGCGUAUACAACCGCUGCUUGAUCUGGAAGGAGAGUUGCUGAAGGUGGAGUUGGAUUUUCAACGUCAGUGGCUGCAGGGCACAUUCCCCGGUUGGUCGAUCAAGGAGACGGAAUCCGCGUUGGCAAAUACAGGAGCCCACUUGGAUCUCUCAGCUUUCUCAAGCUGGGAGGAGCUUGCUUCGCUGGGUUUGGAUCGUUUGAAAUCCGCUCUAGUAGCCUUGGGGCUAAAGUGUGGUGGCACGUUAGAGGAGCGCGCUCAACGAUUGUUCUCCACUAAGGGCAAAACCACCUUGGACCCUGCCCUUAUGGCCAAGAAGCCAAGCGCCAAAUCAGCAAAUGCUCAGUCCCGAGAAACCGAGCGUCACAAGGAGAUUGCCCAAUUGGAGGCUCUUCUCUACAAAUACGCAGAGUUAUUGUCGGAACAGAGGGCGGCCACUAAAGAGAACGUGCAGCGCAAGCAGGCUCGAACGGGGGGUGAGCGGGAUGAUAGUGAUGUUGAGGCCAGCGAGUCUGACAACGACGACGAUCCAGAUGCUGAUGAUGUGCCGUAUAAUCCCAAAAAUCUUCCGCUCGGCUGGGACGGUAAGCCUAUUCCAUAUUGGCUUUACAAGCUCCACGGUCUAAAUAUCAGCUACAAUUGUGAGAUUUGUGGAAACUUUACGUACAAAGGUCCCAAGGCCUUCCAGCGGCAUUUCGCAGAAUGGCGCCAUGCGCACGGAAUGAGAUGCCUUGGCAUCCCUAACACUGCCCACUUUGCGAAUGUCACCCAAAUUGAAGACGCUAUCACGCUUUGGGAGAAACUAAAGUCACAGAAGCAGAGUGAGCGCUGGAUCGCCGAUCAGGAGGAGGAGUUCGAAGAUUCGUUGGGUAAUGUGGUCAACCGCAAGACAUUCGAGGAUCUCAAACGGCAAGGACUCCUCUGAAUUGGCCUCAAAUUAAUAUAAGAAAAUCUUAAUAAGCCAGAAUGGGUGGAGAAUGAAUGCACUUUCAUAAGCAAAAAUAGAUAUAUUAUCGAUCAGACAAUUAAAUAAAUGUUUUCUAUCUGACAGAUUUUA